AUGAGGCCCAAAGAAGAAAAGGCUCGAGCCUCCACUGAGGACAUGAGCGAGUCCUCAUGCUCAGAUGAAUCAAGCCAGACAAUAUCCGAGUGCUCAGACAGCGACAACGAAAGCACCACUUCCACCACCGACAAACUAAACUGGUUGACCGAGAAGCUCGAAGACCUCACUUCCAAGCUCCAAUUUAUGCAGGACAAGCAUCAGACAUUCCAGACUGAGAAUCAACGGCUGCAGAAGGAGGAUCAGCGCUUGCAGAAGCGCGCUGAUUCUCGUAUGGAAGAGCUGAGGUUUGAUCGCAUUUGGAUGAGGGAUCGGAUCCUUGUGGCUUAUGCUGUCGCGUUUGGGACUUAUUGGUUCAUUAGGGGAUCUAUCCCCGUAGAUAUUCUCUCCAACAACAUGAAGCGUGAAGUAUCAGAACAAUCGCAGACCAACGUCUCAAAACAGAUGACGCCUGAAGAGUUGAGAGAAUGUAUCAAGACCCUCAAAUCCGAUAUGCAAGCAUUUCAGGACGAGUUACAAUCAAUCCAGGACAGGCGGCUCAUGAUCCAGGAUGGGAAGCUUGAGUUGCAAAGUGAGCUUGGAGAAAAGGUCGAAUAUAAUCAUGCAGAGACUCUAUCGAACCAGUACUGGGAAGAAGCGAAGCAGAGACUACGUGAAGAGACCAAGCUUGUGAAAGUGAACUGA